GGGAUAAUUUUCUUGUUACUUUGCACCUUUUCACGUUGUACACCAUUUGUCUGUUCUUAGUAUUAGAUAAAGCAUUGUUUGUGUAGGGCUAAAGAUUAUAAAUCAGUGAAUGUAGCUUCGUUAGGAGAGUAUUUAGUCCCUAAAUUUAUAGAAAUUUCAUUGAAAAGUGAUCAAACGCAGACAAUUUCCACGAUGGCUCCAACAAUUAAGAUUGGUAUUAUCGGAGGUUCCGGAUUAGAUGACAGCCAAAUUUUGGAAUCUCGGUCGGAGAAAGUAGUUAGUACCCAUUUUGGCAAUCCGUCGGAUGUGCUGAUUGAAGGAAAGAUUGCCGGAGUCGAUUGUGUCCUACUGGCUCGCCAUGGAAGAAACCAUUCAAUUAUGCCAUCGAAUGUCAAUUAUCGCGCUAACAUUUGGGCUUUGAAAACGCUGGGAUGCACUCACGUCAUAGUUUCGACUGCAACGGGAUCCCUUCAAGAGCAAAUCCACCCAGGAGACUUGGUCAUUCCGGAUAAUUUCAUCGAUCGCACGACUAAACGUGCCCAAACAUUCUACGAUGGCAAUGAUAUGCUGGUAGGAGUUUGUCACGUCCCGAUGGAGCCUGCAUUUUGUAACCGUACCAGGGACGCACUGAUUGAAACCGCCAAAGAGUUAGGUCUGGUUGGCGUUCACAAUAAGGGAACCGUUGUUACUAUCGAAGGUCCCCGUUUCUCGAGCAAAGCGGAAAGCAACCUAUUCCGUCAAUGGGGUGCCGAUCUGGUCAAUAUGACCCUCGUUCCAGAAGUGGUCCUAGCCAAGGAAGCCGGUCUCUGCUACGCAGCUAUUGCAAUGGCAACCGACUAUGAUUGCUGGAGAGAUUGUGGGGAGAAUGUGAAUGUAGCGGAUGUGUUGGCCACGUUCAAGAAAAAUGUCUCCAAAGUGACCCAACUUAUUACAGCAGUCAUUCCAAAGAUCGCCGAAAUGGACUGGACUGAAACGAUUGAUGAGUUGUCAAAGACAGUCAACGGAAGUAUCAUGCUGCCGCACUCCAAUUAAAUAUCGCCUAAUGUACUUAUCCUCAAAUUCAACAUAAUCUUGCAUUUACAAUACUAUUUGCCAUGAUUUCUUUGCACCCUAGUCGAUCAGUCGAAGAUUAAAGUGUACCAAAUGGAAGUAUAAUAAACGAAAUUAAAUCGAAAAGAUA